AAGCCAAUCAGUGUCUGCGGAACGAGCGACCAAAGCGCGUUCCCGUGUUUGCGGAGGAGAAGAGCAUAUAGCUUAAAGAGGUGCAAACGAAAACACAGCCAAAAUUACAUUUUAACCCGAAAAUCCUUUAAAGAAAACCCACCAAAAUGUCGGAGGAGAAACCAAAGGAGGGCGUGAAGACUGAGAACGACCACAUUAACUUAAAGGUAGCCGGUCAGGACGGCUCUGUGGUUCAGUUCAAAAUCAAGAGACACACUCCGCUCAGCAAACUGAUGAAGGCCUACUGCGAACGUCAGGGGCUCUCGAUAAGGCAGAUCAGGUUCAGGUUUGACGGACAGCCAAUCAACGAGACAGACACACCUUCACAGCUGGAGAUGGAGGAUGAAGACACCAUAGAUGUUUUCCAACAGCAGACAGGCGGUCUCUGCUAAGCCCCUCCUGUUACAGUGAUUGACAUACCCAAACCACGCCCACUGCUCCUCUCCUCCAGUCACUUCAGCUUCUGUGUUCCUUUGUUGUUUUAAAAAAAAAUAUCUGUCUCAGUUUUGUCCUGGGGUGUAGGAUUGGGAUGAAUUUGCCCCCUAGACACUGAUUUAAGGUCAGUUGUUAGUUUACCCCAUAUUGGAUGAGGUUAGGUUUAGGACACGAUGAGCUGAUCCUAGAUCUGUGGUAAGGGGCAACUUCUAUUUUGAGGCUUCCCCAUCAUCUGUUUCCUUGAUCUUAUUUUAAAAGAUGUCUGGCGCGUUUUUGGAUGGGGUGGGGGGAGGGCUCCCCUCAAAUGUCUGUCUUAGUCAACAUUGAACUCUUGUACUGUCUUGGACAGCUUCUGGGUCUUUCCGAUGCUAAGAAUAAUGAGUUUUGAUCUAGAAACAACCCCCUACACCUAAGCCACUUGUGUAGUGUUUUGUAUUUAUCCAACACCUUAAAUCUACACGAAGUGCCUAGGCGUUAGGGGUGGCUUCUGGACCCUUCCAAUGGUUUGACAUGGGGGACGCCCUGGUUUUUCCGAGGGUGAAAACUAAGGGUGCAUCUCAAGUCUUAUGUUCCCUCCUUCAUUAGCCACCGAUCUGAACAUUCAGGCUAAGUUGGAUGCUGACCGUGGAAUAUGCUUUCACCUGUCCAGUUCUUUAGUGUCAGUUUUACGAGGAGACCCCUUGUCUCAAGGAAGCUACUUAUACUGUUGAGAUGCACCCCUAGUUUUUUAGGGCAGUCAAAUGGGAAUAUUCCCUGAUACCAUAUGGGGCCAUUUUUUUUUCUUUUUUCAGUGGUCAGUUCAUACAGCAGCCCUGUCAGUGACUCUGCUUUCGGUGUUUGGGUGGGGGUGUAAGGCAGGAGGGAGAAGUCAUCCUUGGAACACUGAUACAGGGUCAGAUCAUUUGCAUCCCCGGAAUGGUUAAUGUUUUGGGGGUUCCGGUUUUCUGAUCCUAGGUCUGUGGUUAGGGGCUACGUCUACUUGGAGCAUAAGGGGAGGGGCAGUUAAGUUCUUUACCCACAUGUUUUGUCAUAUGGUAUUUGUUUGGUUUCUCUACUGAUUUGUACAUUGUUUGGCGUCUUUUACUACUGUAAACAAUAAAUAUAGUUUGUUACUCAGA